AUGGGUAAUUAUGAACAGGCACUUUCAUUUCAUCGAAAAGCAUUGAAUAUUCAAGAAAAUGUUCAAUGUAAUCCUUUGGAAUGUGCAACGACAUAUAUAAAUUUAGGUGAAAAUUCUCGUGAAAUGAAAGAUUAUUCAACAGCAUUGACAUAUUUUCGAAAAGGAUUAGAAAUACGUGAGAAGAAAUUACCAAAAAAUCAUCCUGAUUUAGCUGUUGUAUAUCAUUAUAUGGUAAAAUUAUAUUUAUCUACUCGACAAUAUUAUAUGGCAAUGAAAAAUAUUCAACAAGCGAUAAAAAUAGCUCAAGAAAAAUUACCUUCAACUCAUUCUCAUCUUUAG